CCCCAGAGGGCAGCAAUGGCGGCGCUCAUGGUCUCCGUCUCUGGGAGGCGCCAUCUUAGCCGGAUGGCGCCUCGCCUGGGACAAACUUAUUUCCGGAUCUCCGGAUACUCGGAAGUAAACGCCCUACGACCCCUUUCGGGUUUUACCCUCCCUCCGUGUUUCGUUAGAAGCAAAGGCCCCGCAGAGUCAUCUCGGCUUACCCAAGAACACAAGACGACGGUGAGCCGAGAGGUUGUCAUGGCAACAGGAAGAAAUUUGAUGAGAGCCAUAAAAGUGUUUGAAUUUGGUGGGCCUGAAGUGCUCAAACUGCAGCUAGAUACAUUAGUACCAAUUCCAAACGAGAACCAGGUUCUCAUCAAAGUUCAUGCAUGUGGGAUUAACCCAGUAGACACCUAUAUUCGUUCUGGAACUUAUAGCAGGAAACCAUCUUUACCAUAUACACCAGGCACAGAUGUAGCUGGAGUAGUACAAGAAGUUGGAGAACAUGUAACUGCUUUCAAGAAAGGCGACCGGGUUUUUACCCUGGGCACUGUUUCUGGUGGUUAUGCUGAAUAUGCUGUCACAUCAGUUGACAACAUUUUUCCUUUGUCUGAUAAACUGGACUUCAAGCAAGGUGCUGCAAUCGGAAUUCCAUAUUUUACUGCAUACCGUGCCCUCUUUCAGAAAGGAUCUGCCAAAGCAGGAGAAACUGUCCUAGUCCAUGGAGCAAGUGGAGGA